UAUAUUUCUGGAUUGAGUUUGUAACAGUUUGUGUAGGAUUUUUUGCAUCGUUGCUUAUGAGUGAGAGUUUUCUCUCAUUUUCCUUUUUCAAAUUGUCUCUGGGAGUUUUAGCAUUGAGGCUACAGCAAAACAUAAACUUUAGUGGAGAUAAUUAAAUAUAAGUUUCUUGUCCCUGUUCACACCUUACGCUACAGGGAUUCGACCUUAGCUUUUGGGUGUGGAUUUGGGGUGUGGGAUUCAGCAGUGCUUCUGGGGAUUUUGUCAUUACUCUUCAGACAGUCUUGGGGUGGGUGUAAUAAAAGGUAACCGAUAGAUAACAAAUCACACAUAUCUCACUAACGUUCGACAAAGAGAAAUAUCCCUGUAUCACGACCAGGUAAAUAAAAGAUUAUUGACAAAUUGUAAGGCAAGAAGAAAUCUUUGGGAUUAGCAAAUUGGUAAAAGAUGUACUUGAAAUUAAACAAUUGCACUUAGAAAAUGGAUUCCAAGUAUAUUCUAAGGUAAGCAAAAUAAUGGUAACAAUGAAUUAAGCUAAGAUUUGUUGAACAUUUGAAUUGAAUACAUUACUUCAAGUGUUCAGACAUUAAAAUUAAUAGGAGUAUGUGACAGGCCAUGGAGAUAUUGUCCGAUAACUAUAACAAAGGUAGGCAGUUGCAAAGGACCUUUUCUCCGCCUUAGGAAAUAAGAAACCGCUCUGCUGGGUGCGACUGGCCACGGGCAGAACUUCUCCACGUUUGCAAGCUGUUUGCAGCAGCACCAUGAGCACCAACCCGUCCCCCGCUGCAUCCGAGCAGCUCUGCUACCAGAACGUGACCGGAUCCUGCGCGCAAGCCCCCUACUCGCCCGGACCCCGGCUCAUUCUCUACACACUGUUCAGCUUGGGGGCUGUGCUGGCCGUUUUUGGAAACCUCCUGGUGGUGAUUUCAAUCCUGCAUUUCAAGCAGCUGCACUCGCCAACCAAUUUUCUCAUCGCCUCUCUGGCCUGUGCUGACUUUCUGGUGGGGGUGACUGUCAUGCCCUUCAGCAUGGUCAGGUCUGUGGAGGGCUGCUGGUACUUUGGGCGGAGUUUCUGUACCUUCCACACGUGCUGUGAUGUGGCAUUUUGUUAUUGUUCUGUCUUCCACUUGUGCUUCAUCUCCAUCGACAGGUACAUCGCUGUUACUGAGCCUCUGGUCUAUCCUACCAAGUUCACGGUGUCCGUGUCGGGGACAUGCAUCGGCAUCUCCUGGAUCCUGCCCCUUGUAUACAGUGGUGCCGUGUUCUUCACAGGUGUUCAUGAUGACGGGCUGGAGGAAUUAACAACCUGGCGUAUUUACGUCUCCACAUGCACCAUGAGCACCAACUCUUCCUCCUCUGCAUCUGAGCAGCUCUGCUACCAGAACGUGACCGGAUCCUGCGUGAAAGCCCCCUACUCGCCCGGACCCCGGCUCAUUCUCUACACACUGUUCAGCUUGGGGGCUGUGCUGGCCGUUUUUGGAAACCUCCUGGUGGUGAUUUCAAUCCUGCAUUUCAAGCAGCUGCACUCGCCAACCAAUUUUCUCAUCGCCUCUCUGGCCUGUGCUGACUUUCUGGUGGGGGUGACUGUCAUGCCCUUCAGCAUGGUCAGGUCUGUGGAGGGCUGCUGGUACUUUGGGCGGAGUUUCUGUACCUUCCACACGUGCUGUGAUGUGGCAUUUUGUUACUCUUCUCUCUUCCACCUGUGUUUCAUCUCCAUUGACAGGUACAUCGCUGUUACUGAGCCUCUGGUCUAUCCUACCAAGUUCACGGUGUCCGUGUCGGGGACAUGCAUCGGCAUCUCCUGGAUCCUGCCCCUUGUAUACAGUGGUGCUGUGUUCUACACAGGUGCCUAUGAUGAUGGGCUGGAGGACUUAUCUCGUGCCGUCAACUGCGUAGGAGGUUGUCAGACUGUUGUAAAUCAAAACUGGGUGUUGAUAGAUUUUCUAUCCUUCUUUAUACCUACCCUCGUUAUGAUAAUUCUCUAUAGCAAUAUUUUUCUUGUGGCUAGACAACAGGCUAAAAAGAUCGAAGAUACUGGGGGCAAAAUAGAAUUGUCAUCAGCUAGUUACAAAUCCAGAGUGGCCAAAAGAGAGCGAAAAGCAGCAAAAACCCUGGGUAUCACUGUGGUAGCAUUUAUGAUUUCAUGGUUACCGUACAGUAUUGACUCAUUAAUUGAUGCUUAUAUGGGCUUCAUAACCCCUGCCUACAUCUAUGAGAUUUGCUGUUGGUGUGCUUAUUAUAAUUCAGCCAUGAACCCUUUGAUUUAUGCUUUAUUUUACCCGUGGUUCAGGAAGGCCUUAAAAAUUAUCAUGAGUGGUUGGGUUUUCGAGGACAGUUCAGCCACCAUGAAUUUGUUCUCUGAACAAAUGUAA